AUGGAGAAAUUCCUGAUGCUGGUUGCAGCGCUGUUUGUAGCGAUGUUGAUGGUGUUUGGGACGGAGUUAAACCCGUGUCGUCCACCGCCGGAUGUGCGCGUGUGUGGCUGCUGGGAGGGAGUCUUCAGUACUGGCGACACCUGUACGGUGUGUGCGUGCGCACCGGAGGACAACACAUGGGACUGCUUUGUUAAUCGGUAUUUUUGGCUGGACAUCGACGAUGACUGGGUGGAGGGGUUUAGUGGACAACAGGUCUGCAUUAAUAACUACUGUGUUUCGACCGAGGAAAGAGAAUAUAAUGCUUUCGAUGACGACGUCGGCACCUUCUGGGAGCCGCUGUACGAACCGUUUGGUUACGCACACUGGGUGAUCCUUAAUCUGCAGCAGGUGUGGAGGAUCUACCGAUUUGGGAUUAUCAAUUAUGGUGAUAUCGUGCACGACGUCAAGAGCUUCCUUUUGGAAAGCUCUCCCAGCGAUCCGUAUGUUUGGGGGUUUGCUAACAGCUCUGACGGGGUGCAGGCCGGCAUUCCUUCUUUGCAAACCUUUGACGUUUACGUUCAAACUCAGUACCUGAAGAUUACUGUCAACACAAGUAGCGGGGAGCAACCGAAGAUUCGAGAAUUUGCCCUCUACGUGACAGAAAAUCCACCACUAGCCGAGCCGUGUGUUGUGGUUCAUACCGGUUGCGUCCUGGACGAGCCAGCUGUGAAAGUAGCUCCGCCUGGCGACCAGCAGUGUUAUGUCAUCGCUGAUAUUCAUGAACUGAUUCGCGAUAAGAACAAUCCUCUGCUGGUUCAUCGGACCGGCAACAUCACGUUCCACGGCGACCUCUCGGUUGAAUGUCCUGAAGAUGUGUCCUAUAAUAUCAGCUUAUAUUGGACAGUGCGAGAAGAAGGACCGGUAACAUCCGGGCCACCGCUGGACGACAUUUUACCCGAGGACUGGCCGCAGAACAACCUUCAUUUUUCCGUCCCACCGCGGACCUUACCCCUCGGGCUCUACAUGAUACAGGACGUGGGUUAUUACACGAUCCGACUGACCGACACAGUCGAUGGCUGGCAGAAGACGUCGGAAUGGAGAUUCCAGGUCCUGCCCGGUCCUUUUCCGAGCUCAACUGCAGAUGGCGACCCUCUGGACCUAUCAGGGAUGUGUACUCUUAUCCCUGCCGCUGGUACUGCUUUGAUUGACACAUUCUGUGUAACUUGUCAAGAAUUUGCCGAUUUAUUUGGCCCGCUGGAGACGCAGGUUGCGUUUGAGCUGGAUCCGUUAGCAGAGAUCGCCACGGUGACGUAUCCAGGAGACGGGGAGCCUACACUGAACGAAGUCAUCCUGAACCCGUUCACCGGAUGGGUUGGAUUCACGAACCUUUUUGACCUUCCUCCUGGAACCGUCAUCUUGCAAGUACGAUUCGGAUCGCCUGAUGGCCGCUAUAUUGAAUUUGAUCUGGAACCAGCACUGUUUCUGGAGUCUAACUUCAACCCGUUCGAAUAUUCCAACAACUCCCGCAUCAUCCGUGCUGACGUCACGGGCCUUCACGUCAAGUGUGGAAACGUCGAAAUCCCGGUCUCCGGGCUGAGCCAGCCAGUCGACAUUCUAACUAACAGGAAAAACGGAAGUCUGAAAGACUCUUUGUAUACUUUCCAGGCAUCUGAAGCGCUUGGCAGUCUGUCUUUUUUCCAGUUCUUUGCGAAGAAAAAACAGUCGGCGUUAAGCUUCAGCUUAGACUUCAAAAGCACCCUAUUUCCUCAAGACAUCGCCUUGUUUCUCCGCAAGGAGGCGCCGCCGACUCCCGAGGACUACAACUGGACCACCACCCUGCCUGUUCCUGAUGUGGGAAUGAUGUCCAAUGCCAGCCACAUCCACUGCCAAUGUGACCAUCUGACAAAAUUUAGCGGCUUCGUUGCCCCGAAUCCUCUCAACAUCGCUGCAGCGCUGUCUGCUAACGUUCUAGAGAACCCAGCAGGGCUCAUCCUCGUGCUUACUGUGCUCGGCAUGUACUUCAUGGGCGUAUUAUGGGCACGGAAAGAAGACAGAAGGGACUUAUCCAAGGUUGGAGUUAAGAUUCUCCCUGGACACAGACUGAACCCCAGGAAGGAUUGUCAAUACGUCAUCACUGUUUACACUGGAUUCAAGGGGAAUGCUGGGACAACUGCAGAGGUUACCAUCGUGCUUUACGGCCAAGACAGAGAGAGUCCCCCUUUCAUACUCAGCGACUCAAAGAGAGUGACUUUUGAGAAGGGCAGCGUGGACUCCUUUCUCGUGUCGACAUCAGAGCCACUGGGAGAUUUGACUUACCUACGUGUGUGGCACAACAAUGCAGGAUACAGCCCUGCAUGGUUCCUGAAUCAAAUUGUAGUGACUGACAGAGGCAACAACAGGCCGCACUUUUUCCUAUGCAACAGAUGGUUUGCUACCGACAAGGAUGACGGGAAGGUUUAUCGGCUCCUGCCCGAAUCUGGACCGGAUGAGAUGAAAGAAUUUCGAAACGUAUUUCUGGCAAAAAGUUCAAGGGACAUGAACGACGGCCACCUGUGGUUCUCCGUGGCUGGCCGCCCGGCACGCAGCCCGUUCACCCGAGUCCAGCGCCUGUCCUGCUGCCUGACGCUGCUCUACAGCACCAUGGUCACCAACAUCAUGUUCUUCGGCCGCGGGGACGACUUCGAUCCGCCAGAACCACUCAGAAUCGCUGGGACGGAGAUCAACUCGCCUAUUUCACUACCGCAGAUCAUGAUAGGCCUGCAGAGCGCAGCCAUCAUCCUGCCUGUCAACCUGCUCAUCGUGUUCCUCUUCCGAAAUUCUGGCUCCCGAUCCGCAAAGAAGCGAGCAACGAAGUCAAUGAACAAAGUGCCCCACCAGAAUCUUACCAACUAUUUGCCACAGAAGAAAGAAGCUGAUGAAACUCGUACAGUUGUUUUGUAUGACACUGGCGUUGACACCCCGUCAUUUUGGCACAGGGAGGAAAAUGAUGCCAAAAUGAACACGGAUUAUCAUACUGGAUUACCUCGCUAUGCAGAACAGACAAGUUCGUUCUCUGAUAAUACAGCAGAAAGAAAUACUGAUCAGGAGGAUGAAGAGACGGGAACGUCCACCAUUCCAUGGUGGGCUGUAUACUUGGGCUGGCUGCUUGUCUGGUCCGCGAGCUUCGUGGCUGCGUUCUUCACCGUCCUGUACUCUCUGAGUUUCGGACGUGCAAAGGCGGAGGCGUGGCUUCUCACUUUUCUGACGUCCUUCCUCACCGACCUGUUCCUGUUGCAGCCGUUCAAGCUACUGUUGGUCGCCAUCCUGUUUGCCUUAUUAGUAAAGAAACCUGUUGAAGACGAAGACCCCCAGCCUGCCCCACUGCAACUAGAUGAAGAGUACCUCCAGGAUAACACACGGAUGGCGGAGAAUCGACGAUGGUCAACAGCAACAGGAUGGAUACGUUAUAUUAUGACAGAAAAGGAUGAAACCCGUCACUACUCAAGUGAAAAGACUUCUGAAGGGACACAUCCUAACUCCCCACCCGAGGAAUCCGCACUAACCGAGCAACGCGCACAGAGCACGCAAAAACGCAGGAGACGUAAACAGAUAGUUGAGGUUUUGAUGUUUGGGCUGUUCGUGACCGUGGUUAUGUUGACGUCCUACAAAGAAAGAAGCCCCUUGGCUUUCUACGUGACGGAGAAUGUGCAGGGGUUCAUCCUUGACAGUGGCGACAUUAAUUUCCCAGAGAUCGAAGACAUCCCGUCGUUCUGGACUUGGGUGACAACUGGGUUGAUCCCUGCCACCCACGUGUCCCGAUGGUACAAUGGUUGGAGCGUCACGGAGACCAUGGUCCUGGAUGACAUGUUAACUCACCCGCUGGGACCAGUGCAGCUGAGACAAGUGCGACUAAAGCCAGGCAAACACUGUACGCCACCUGAGAGAAUGACGACCGUGACACCUCGCUGUGCGGAUAUGUAUUCUCUUGAUUUAGCCGACACACAGAACUACAGAGAACGGUGGAACACCACUACAAACACAACGGGCAACGCUUUUUGCCUUUCAGUUUUUCCCAACACAACGGAAUCUCCUGAAUUUUACGACUGUGAUGAUCAACAGGAUCCGUGGAGAUACACGUUUGCCUCCGUCACUGAUGCUUUUCCGUACUUUGGAGUACGGGGUACCUACUCAGCCGGUGGCUACGUCACGUCUUUGGGAAGAACAGAACAAAUCAGCUUGGCUCGAGCAGCUUACCUACAGAGACAAGACUGGCUGGACGACAAGACACGGGUAGUUUUCAUAGAACUCACCCUGUACAACCCGCACGUCAACUUGUUUUCCGUGGUUUCCAUGGCAGUAGAGUUUACCAAUCUCGGAGCCAUUUACAAGGGGUCAGAGGUCGUUACCUUGCGACUCAUCCAACGCGACGCCAUCUUGCUUCUCGCUCUCAGAGGAGUCUUUGCUCUGUUGGUUCUCGUGUAUGCACUCAAGGAAGGUAAAGCGCUGUUCUCACGCCCCCUUGACUACCUGAGUGAGUUCUGGAGCUGGGUAGAACUUCUUGUCAUCGCUGUUGGCUUCUCCGCUCUCGGUGUCUACUUCUACACUCAAAGCAUCAUCGACGAAGUCGCAGUACAACGUGCGGCAGGAAACUCUACCUUUGAAGGUUACAAAAGCGCCGUCAGCUGGUACCAGGUCUACACCCACCUUCUGGGCCUUCUCAUCUGCUGCUCUACGUUCAAGUUCAUCCGGAUCCUCCGCUUCAACUCUCACGUGAACGCCUUGUCCAUGACCUUGAGACGAUCCCUCAAGCCUGUAACACAGUUCAUGUUCACGGCUGGAAUCGUCAUCAUGGCGUUUACCCAGACGGCAAGUUUGAUUUUCGGCGUCAAGCUCAUGGAGUACAAAAACAUAACUUCUAGUCUGCAAAGCCUUCUAUUGAUGGUGUUAGGUAGCUUUGAUUUCGAGGCCUUAAGUCACGGGCAUUACAUUCUAGGUCCGUUGAUAUUUUUCAUAUACCAGUGUAUGAUGCAGUUUUUCUUAUUGAGCAUGUUUAUGGCUAUCAUAAUGGACGUGUACGCAGUAGAAAAUCAACCAACGAACGACAAUGGGCUGAAUUUUAAUGCUUUUAUGAAAGAAUCUGCCUCAAAGACUUUCAGUAAAGUGAAGGGUGCUUCUAAACCUACUUCUCAUGAGAAAAAGAGCGCACCACGAAGAGACAGGCGGGAUAUGCUUGCGCAGAUGGAUAAAGUGGUUGUUGAGCUUGACACCUAUGACAACUUUAAACCUUUGUAAAUGGUAUCUAAAGUACAAAUAGACGUCAGAGAAUGCAACAUUCCUGCAUGGUCCCACCAGAAUAUAUAGAAGAUGAAUGAUGUACUCAUUUUAUAUCUUUUU